GGAAGCCAGGUGCUGUAGUACUGAGGUUACGCUGCCCCGUCACUGUCUGAUAUAAAUACACCUCUACUUGACUACUAGAGGUUGCUGAGCUGGAUAUAAGAAACGCCGAAGAGAAUAACCUUCAUCACUGAAGUUGACUACAUACAGGAUGCCUGGCUCAGCUCCAGUUAGUUACCUGGGACCAUGGCCUAAAGAUGUGGGUAUCAUUGCCUUAGAACUGUACUUCCCAUCCCAAUAUGUGGACCAGACUGAGUUGGAGGAGUUUGAUGGUGUGCCCGCUGGUAAAUACACCGUGGGCUUGGGCCAAGCUCGCAUGGGCUUUUGUUCAGACCGUGAGGAUAUAAAUUCUCUCUGCCUGACUGUGGUCCAGAGGUUGAUGGAGAAGAAUGCUCUAUCCUACAACAGCAUUGGUCGACUGGAAGUUGGUACUGAAACCAUCAUUGACAAGUCCAAGUCUGUCAAGACAGCCCUCAUGCAGCUAUUUGAGAACUCUGGCAAUACAGAUGUGGAGGGAAUUGACACCACAAAUGCUUGCUAUGGUGGUACAGCUGCACUCUUCAACGCUGUCAACUGGGUGGAAUCCAGCUCAUGGGAUGGACGUUAUGCUUUGGUGGUAGCAGGGGACAUUGCUGUCUAUGCCACAGGAAGCGCCCGGCCUACGGGGGGGGCUGGUGCUGUGGCCAUGCUGAUUGGGCCUAAUGCUCCUCUGGCCUUUGAGCGAGGCCUACGGGGAACCCACAUGCAGCAUGCAUAUGACUUCUAUAAACCAGACAUGGUGUCAGAGUAUCCUGUUGUAGAUGGCAAGCUGUCGAUACAGUGCUACCUCAGUGCCUUGGAUCGCUGCUACUCUGUGUACCGCAACAAAAUCCAUGCACAGUGGCAACGAGAGGGUUCAGAUAAGAGCUUCAGCCUGGAGGACUUUGGCUUUUUAGUCUUCCACUCUCCUUAUUGCAAGCUAGUACAGAAGUCAUUGGCAAGACUGAUGCUGAAUGACUUUCUGAACCACCCCAACCCCAACACUGAGAUCGGACCCUUCACAGGCCUCGAAGCCUUCAGAGAUGUACAGCCAGAGGAUACCUACUUUGACCGGGAUGUGGAGAAGGCAUUCAUGAAGGCCAGUACAGAUAUGUUUGAGAGGAAGACCAAGGCAUCCCUGCUAAUCUCCAACCAGAAUGGAAACAUGUACACCCCCUCUGUCUAUGGCUGCCUGGCAUCACUUAUUGCACAACACACACCAUCACAAAUGGCAGGACAAAGGAUUGGAGUUUUCUCCUAUGGUUCAGGAUUUGCUGCUACACUGUAUUCUCUCAGAGUGACACAGGACCAUACCCCUGGAUCUAGUCUGGACAAACUUGUAUUGAGCCUAAGUGACAUGAAGACAAGACUGGACUCGAGGAAGAAAGUUUCGCCAUCUCUUUUCUCUGAGAAUAUGAAGCUGCGAGAAGACACACACCACUUGGCCAACUAUGUCCCACAAGGCUCUGUUGAGGAUCUGUUCCCAGGUACAUGGUACUUGACGCGAGUGGAUGACAAACACCGCAGGGAAUAUACCCGCAGACCUCUGGAUGAUGACCUGCCAGCAGAAUCAGAACUGGUUCGCUCAAGCAGUGCCACAGAGCACAUCCCAAGUCCAGUAAAGAAGAUGCCUCGUAUGCCUGCAGCCAUGGCUGGCUCUGAAAGAGCCGUCAGCAACUGAAAGUACUCUGCACUUACUCGGAGAGUUAUAAAGUUCCAGCAGUUUGGAAACUAUGCGAGACAAUAGAGAUCAGAUGAAUAGCAACAGAAAGUGCUGUGUCGUGCAAAAUUAUGAUUAAAUCUCCAUUAGUGGAGGACUACAAACAGCUGGAGUCCCCUUGUCUUCAUGUGUUACUGCAGGACAGUAAACCUGAGCAGAGUCUGUUAUCACAAUAUUUUAUUUUAGUUAUCCUUUAUUUCAACUUUUAUAUUUCAUGAACAGCUAUAUUUGGGAGAACCAUAAACAGGCAUAGACAUAGCAUGAUUGAUUCUGACAGCUGCCAACCAGUGAUGAUGUGACUUCAGGUUUUCCUCUAAUGAAACAGAACGAAGAGUAUGCGUCACCUGUUUUUAUGAUUUAAAAUUGUACUGCUGUCACAGCAUAUGAUGGAGGCGCUACCCGUAUUCUGCUGGUUGUAUUAAUUACAUCAGUUUUCUAUUUAUAAAGUUGUUGACUUUACAAUGUCACUUGGUCAUCACAAACCAGAACAGUUCAACACAAGAGGCAAAAUGAUGCUAUAUAAGAGGAGCUUUUUCCAGUAGGCAAAUGGUGUGUUAUCUUUAAACUUCUGAUUCCGGGAGCCAAAUAUCUAAAACCCAAUGUAAAUCUGUAAAAAGAAAAAAAAAGAGAGAAAAAAGAAAAUAUGCAUUGUAGCAUACUGUAUACUUUGUAACACAUACCUGGUUUUAUUUUGUUGAGACACCAAUCAAUUUAUUGAGGGGUUAUUGUAAGAAAAUGUUUAAUAGUGUUAAACAUUUCACUGAUAAAUAAAUCAAAAAUAUCAAACUGUC